AUGCCGUUAACAGCUAAAGAUCGACUGAUUCAACAGUGCCUGCGUGACAGAGAAUUGACUCCGUGCGCUCAUCAAGAAUCAGCAUUGAACAUCGUUCGCGUGGUUGCAGUGCGCGCGAUGAUCUUCUUAAUAGCGCGGGAAUUGGCACCGAAUGUCGGUACGCUGUUUGUCGCGCUGGACUCCGGAUUGGUGCAGGUGUGGACGCAUCAUCCAGCCGCAGGUUUCUUGGGUGCCUUCUCGGUCAUCCACACGGUGGGCGAUUGUGCCACGUCGUUGGCUACCGACCUUGACAAUAAUUUCCUCGUUACAGGUCACAGCAUCGGGUACAUCAAGGUCUGGUUGCUCUCCAAUUAUAUGCGACCGAACCCGCCAAAAGUGUCCAUGCCACAGCUGAGGCUGCAAUUCCCGUUCUUAUGGAGGGACACAAUAGACGGGAGAGCGAAGAGAGCGGUACGGGGGCAGGCACUUCCGCUUUUGCUGUCGUCCGUACGGGCUCACACGCGGGGAAUUACUACCCUCCAGAUGAUCUCCAGUGUGCGAAUAAUAGUCAGCGGCAGUGCGGAUUGCACGGUCCGUUUGUGGAGCUACGACGGCCGUUAUAUAUCGACGCUCGGCACCUUCAGAGACUGGAGCCCAAUUUUGCCCACAGUGCCGGUGAGCAGAUACUUCGAGGACUACAGGAUCCCGGCGGACAUUAAAGGAACCGCCAGCUCGACUACUAUGAAAGUACUUUGCGGCGGCAUGAGGCAAAUGCAAGUCCAAGUUGAAGCAGAAGACGUCGAAGUUUCAAAAGAAAUUCUGGAAAAUGAGCGACAACUGCUGUAUGGCAAGACGUUAGAUCUUCUAACUUUGAAGGUUUACUACGAAUCGAAAGCUCCUAGCAUAACGUAUCGGGAAUACUUGAAAUUGGACAAUACUUUACCAUAUAUACCGAUUUAUACGCAUUUACCAGUUUAUCCUUUGACAUCUGUAGAGGCGCAAAGAACACUCUUGCUCGGACAGAAAAUGGAACUUACGUAUGGAUUUUCAUUUUGUGUCAUCGGAAAGAGGUGUCGCACAAGACGUCCGUCCAACAUAUACUAAUUCUGAUUUCAGUAAGAAAGUGUACUUAAGAAGGGCAAUGAAGCCACUGCAUUCAAUCGUAACGAACAGAGGCAGAGACACGUUUGCGAAGGCUACUUUGUCGCA